AUGCGCCGGGCCACUGCGACCGGCCUGCGGUGGACAGUCUUUCCCUAUGCUGAGCUGAAUACCUUUUGGUUGACACUUUGCUCCUUUGAUUCUGUGCUUCAUAUUAUCAACUUCUGGCUUCCUGCUUGGUUGACAGAUGUUGUCAACGACAAUGUGAUGACCCAUCAUUUCUGGGUGAAGGAUCGCCGUACAAGACAACUCGGCAAGCUCUAUGUGGUAGCAACUCCAGAUAACCUGUGUUGCCAUGUUGCAGAUGCGGCGGUGAUAUCCCAAAUAUGUAGCUCCCGAUCCGGCUUUCCGAAGCCACUGGAGGUGUACGGAUCAAUGAUGCUAUACGGGCCGAAUGUGGUUGCGACUGAAGGUAAAGAAUGGACUCGCCAUCGGCGGCACACGAUUGCUGCUUUUGGUGAAAAUACCAUCGCAACUGUUUGGCAGGAAACUGUUCGACAGACCACGCAGAUGUUAGACCACUGGUGCAAAAAGUAUACCAUGGGAACGACACUUCAGCUGAGUCCAAAAGAUGACAUUCUGAAGCUCACAUUGAAUGUGCUCUGUGCAGCUGGAUUUGGGGUGCAGUUGCCUUUCCAAGCAACCUCCAAAGCAGAUGACAGCAGCAUAUCAACUAUGUUCCGUGACACAGCACACCCCCUUCCUGGCUUUCAGUUCACGCUGCGCGCCGUCAUGGAGUACAUGAUGGGCCACUGGAAUUCAAUUUUCAUGGCAAAUACAAUGCUUCCUACAUGGAUGCCUCGGGCACUUGUACCUUUCUUCAAGGAUGACUUUGCCGCCUACGACGAUUUGGGCAAAUACAUGAAUGCCAUGAUAGCACAAGCCAAUCAAGACAUACCAAAGGAAGGGCUCAGUGCACGAGGACAGAAUGUACUGCAAGGCCUUGUGCGCGCACAGAACUUGGUAGACGACGAAGAUGAAUCGAAGAAAAGCUCGCUAACACGGGGGGCUACCAUUCGUUUCGCUCUGGUAUUGUUGGCCCUGCACCAAGAUAUACAGGAAUGGAUGUACGAAGGGAUCUGCAACGCCAUGGAUGGUAACCCUACCAGCCUAAAUGAAUGGGAUUACGCAACCAUGUAUCCUCAGUUGGUGGCACCCCUAUGUGUGAUGCUCGAGACGAUGCGAAUGUACCCGCCUGCACCAGUCAUUCUCAGGACGACUGCGCAGGAUGCGGAGCCGCUGCAGCACGAAGGAGGAGCCGUUAUGCUCCCCCCAGGUAGCCACGUCUGUUUCAACAUCACCAGUCUUCAUUACAAUACUGAAUAUUGGGGCCCCGAUGCUUCAAAGUUUGAGCCUUCUCGUUGGGACCGACGAAAUCGAGACAGCUUCUUGGCACAGAAUGAGGAUCGACCUGGAAACGUUGCUGCCGGCCUGGAGUAUCCAACAAUACACAGACCAAUCCGUGGGUCAUACAUUCCCUUCAGCGACGGGCUGCGUGCGUGCUUGGGCAAAAAGUUUGCGCAAGUCGAGUUCGUUGCCUUCCUCGCUGUGAUAUUUUCUCGAUAUAGGGUAGAUUUUGCUUGUGCGCCGGGGCAAAAGAAGGAAGCUCAUGAAAAGGCAAAGAAGGCGUUGGAGGAGAGCAUUUGCGCUGCUUUGGCGUUGGACAUGACGGUUGAAAUUCCUUUAUCUUUCACACCCAGGACAUAA